CACACGAACACGGUUGUGGGCGAGAACAGACUGAACACAAAGCUCACAACUGAAAUUCAAGUUGACUUUCUGUCCUCAUUUAGAUGCGCUGACUGUAUAAGAUCAAGGGAUUGCAAGAUGGCGUCAGUAACUCAUCUCCUGGUGGCCGCAUUUGUCGUAAUCACUAUUGCUUUUGCCAAGAAAGAUCGGGGAAGUUUCUCCUUCAGGUAUUUGCCCCGCCCCUUGUGCCCGGAAAACGCCGUGUGCGCCGAGGUAAAUACACUGAGCAGGAAACCCUGGGACGAGAAUGACGUCUCACUGCCGCUCUUUACCUCAUUCAUAUGCAAAUGUCCGGAGGAUCAGGAAUGCCCUACACAUCCGGGCACCCACACGUUGCAUGUUGGGAAGGGGAGAUGGUAUUCCAUGUGUAAGCCUAUCUGUUCAUUCGAGAAAUGUGAGAGGCGGGCUAUAGCGGAGGAGGUCCUGUACAAGGCCAAGGACUUUGGGGGCCGUACUUAUACCAAGGUGAACUGCCUGUGUCCAGGCCACGAAAACAGCGACAUGACCGACGAGGAGGCGGCCACGAUGUUCCGGGAGAGUAAGACUGACGACCCCCGGGCCGAUGUGGUCUACCAGAGGACAUGCACAUCCUAUCACCCAACUUGGAAGAGAGCAGACGAUGAGCUAGAGAUCGAAGAGUUGGAGAAGCGCAGAAGUCUGAGGAGUGAAUUAUUCAAAAAAUGGAAUUAGAAAAACAUCGAAAAAAAGGAUAGGGAACCUAAACGAUAAAUUAUGGGGUGCAUGCUAAGAACGGCGUAUAUUAAGUUAUGAAUAUGGUAAUAAUCCGUGCAUUUUUAUGGAAGAUCUGGUAAAUGUACAUUCUGAUUGGAGAUGAUGAAAUGUAGCUUUUGGACUUACAAUCAACAACGAAUUAGUACAUGUAUUUCCAUUUUCAAUACUUUAACAAUUAAAGGGUGGCUUUGUCCAGGUAUUAAGGCAUAGAAGCUGGUGGCAGUUUUGUCUCGAUAAUUGUGACGUAGUAAAGGACAGAAUAAAUGAGUUCACAGUUUUGGACCGUCUUGAUACAGUGAUAGUGCCAUUCGGCGUAUAAUUUGCAAAGUCUAUUUAAGCAUUUAUAUGAACAGUUAGAAUAAAACCCUGACGGAGGUAAAUUGACAAUAGGCCGUAAUUAUCCGGUUACGUGUGACUAUUUGCCAACUAUCACAAUGUCGUCGCUGCUCUGAUUUUACCAUCUGUGCUGUAAGUCUUUUAUUAUAUUAUAUGAACUCAUGACAAAUAAUAUUGUAACGCUUAAGGAGUAAAAUAUACGUUUUCCACUUUAUGGCAUGUUUUACUGGUGUUCACCAAGUUAUACGAAAUAUCUGUUCUCGCCAUAUUUUACUAACGGUGCACGAUGUCAUACCCUAAUGUCAAAUACAUCCUCCACAGUCAGUGAGCGUGAAAUCCCUCAAACUAACCUGUUCUCAUACCUUUAUGAUUGUUGAAAGCUUUUUUAAGUACAUCGAGCAUGUUUACUGUUAACGUUAUUCUGACAUUUGGCGAUUAAUAAAUGUAUUAUUCACUCCAGGCUUUCAGUUAAUAUAUUUUAUAUUCGAUAAUAUUGUCUUAAUGCCGCGUACAUUCAAGAAAGUUAAUUUACAAGAUAAGAAAAUCGUACCAUGCCCAGAGAAAAAAAAUCUACAAAUCGGCUCAUUAGUCCAGAGCCGAAUCAGGAGAGAG